AUGGCGAAAGGGAAUUCGCAUGACUUUACCUCCAAGAGACACAACAGCUUCCACUGGACACGGAAAGUCGGAUCAGACGAAAACGACGACGUUUCCUCCCAUAACCCUCUUCCCGACAACACUAAACCCGUUCCCAAACACAAUCCUUCCUCUUCCUCUUCCUCUUCCUCUUCCUCUGCUGUACUCACUCCCAAAAGGAAGCUCCAGUCCUUCGCCGUUACUCGUCUCCGGUCAGUCAUCGCUUCUCUCAGCAGAGCCCGACCCGGAAACCAUUCCGGACUCGGGUCACGGGUCGUGGGUACACUUUUCGGAUCCCGUCGCGGACACGUGCAUUUCUCUAUCCAGAAAGAUCCGACUUCCCCUCCGGCGUUUCUAAUCGAGCUAGCUACUCCCAUCAGCGGAUUAGUCAAGGAGAUGGCUUCAGGACUCGUCAGAAUCGCUCUCGAGUGUGACAAGGCCAAGGAGGAAGAAAAAGAUGAAGGAGAGAACGGAAAUCGUCGCCACGGCGGAGGAGAUAAGACGAAGACGGUGGUUCCGCGGCGGUUGGUGGAGGAGCCUAUUUGGAGGACUUAUUGCAACGGGAAAAAGUGUGGAUUCGCGACGAGGAGGGACUCUGGUGAGAAGGAGAAAAAGGUCUUGAAGGCGCUUGAGAUGGUUUCCAUGGGCGCCGGGGUUUUACCGGAGACGGAGGAGACAUCAUCCGCCGGCGGCGGCAGCGGCGGUGGAGACAUAAUGUAUAUGAGGGCAAAAUUCGAGCGAAUCGUGGGGUCGCGUGAUUCGGAGGCUUUCUAUAUGAUGAAUCCUGACAGCAAUGGAGCUCCUGAGCUCAGUAUCUAUCUACUCAGAAUCUGA